ACAUGGCGGCCCUCACGCAAUUUCGAAGGACAUUUUACCGUGAAUCAACAUCUAUGAGGCAAAUAUUUGACUGCAGGAGAGUUUGCGUUGGUCAGAUCUCCAGGAAAUACCACCAUGUUUCUUCACCAAUAACUUGUGCUGACAAAAGCUGUUUUGCAAAUGGCAUGCAGUUACAUCAGUCGUUUUGUACUUCUACAAGCAGUGGAAAGCACGUUUUUCGAAAUGACACUGUCACUCAUUUUGGCUUCGGCCCACGAUGCUUUCACUCUAUUCCAUUUAGAAAAAAAUGCCUACAGUCAAGUUCACGGAUCGCCAAACAGUCUGUGAAAACUUACGAACGAUCGCUUCACUUUCAGAACCAUGUGACUCGGACAGUGACAGCUUUAGAAAAGCAACCUCAGGGAACAAUAUUUGCUCUUAUUUCGUCGACGGGUGAAUGGAACUCACCAAUGCAGUGGGCGCGUUGCUUUUCCUCAAGCCCAGGAUCUGGGGGAAGCGCCCCUGCCAGCAGUGGUGAUGGCCAGGAGGACCCUGAAGAUGCCGGAGACCCGCCUGUGCCCGCCGGCACAGCGACCCCAGAAGGGACCCCAGCACAACCCCCCAUAUUCGCCCCAGCAGGCGCCCUCACUCCUAUGGUUGUGCCAGACUUCUUCCCAAAUGUCCCACUGUUGGCAGUGCCGCGCAAUCCAGUGUUCCCAAGAUUUGUGAAAAUGAUUGAGAUAACAGAGAAUAAGUUAAUGGAAUUGAUAAGGAGGAAGGUUAAACUAAAUCAGCCUUACGCCGGUGUAUUUUUGAAAAAAGAUGACACGAAUGAAGCUGAUCUGGUUCAGAGCCUGGAUGAAGUGUACAGAGUGGGGACAUUUGUACAGAUCAGUGAGAUGCAGGAUUUAGGGGACAGGCUCAGAAUGAUCUUGUUGGCUCACAGACGGAUUAAGAUAGUGGACGCCCUUGAAGAAGAGGUAAUAGCAGAUGUCCAGCCAGCGAUAACGGAUGGCAGCUCUGAGAAUGAGCCAAAGAAACGGCGGCGGCGGAGGCGCGGGAAUGAAAUUGGUGAAGUGUUGGAGCAGCAGAUUGUCUCCUCAGAUGGGGACAUCUCUCCUGAGGAAGUCCCUCCUAGUGAAGUCCCUGCUGGUACAGAAUCUACGGGUGAAGUCACACCUGGCAACCCCAUACUCAUGGUGGUGACAGAGAACUACCAGCAUGAUGUAUUUACCUCUGAUGAUGAGAUUAAGGCACUAACCUCAGAGGUGGUGAAGACUAUUAGGGACAUUAUAGCUAUGAAUCCACUAUACAGAGAGAGCUUGGCGCAGAUCAUUCAGGCUGGUCAGAGGGUUAUUGACAACCCAGUGUACCUCUGUGACUUAGGAGCAGCCUUGACUGGAGCGGAACCUGAAGAGUUACAGAAAGUUCUGGAGGAAACUAACAUCCCAAACCGGUUGAUGUUGACCCUGUCAUUGUUGAAGAAGGAAUUUGAACUGAGUAAGCUUCAGCAGCGCAUUGGGAAGGAGGUAGAAGAUAAAGUCAAGAAACAACACCGUGAAUUUAUCCUCAAGGAACAAUUAAAGAUCAUCAAGAAGGAGCUGGGCAUGGAGAAAGACGAUAAAGAUGCUAUUGAUGAGAAGUUCAAGAAACGGUUAGAGGGUCUGACUGUGCCGGAACAUGUACAAGAAGUCUUGGAUGAAGAAUUCAACAAAUUAUCUUUUCUCGACAACCAUUCGUCUGAGUUCAGUGUGACUCGAAAUUAUCUCGACUGGCUGACUAGUAUGCCAUGGGGAAAAUUUAGCAACGAAACUCUGGAUUUAGACGCUGCUCGGAAAAUUCUAAAUGAAGACCAUUAUGGGAUGGAAGAUGUGAAAAAACGAAUACUGGAGUUUAUUGCUGUGAGUCAGCUUAAGGGCUCCACCCAGGGGAAGAUACUCUGCUUCUAUGGUCCCCCAGGCGUGGGUAAGACAAGCAUUGCCAAGUCAAUUGCUCGGGCCUUAAACAGGCAGUAUUUCAGAUUCAGUAUCGGAGGGAUGACCGAUGUAGCAGAGAUCAAGGGACACAGGAGAACAUACGUGGGAGCCAUGCCGGGGAAGAUUAUACAGUGUCUGAAGAAAACAAAAACAGAGAACCCAUUGAUACUGAUAGAUGAGGUGGAUAAAAUAGGACGUGGUUUCCAAGGUGACCCUGCUUCUGCCCUUUUGGAGCUUCUUGACCCAGAACAAAAUUCCCAUUACCUGGAUCAUUAUUUGGAUGUACCUAUUGAUCUCUCAAAGGUGCUGUUUAUCUGCACGGCGAAUGUGACAGACACAAUUCCUGAGCCUCUCAAAGACAGGAUGGAAAUGAUUGAUGUGUCUGGGUACGUGGCCCAGGAAAAGCUGGCUAUAGCUCAGAAAUACCUAGUGCCCCAGGCUUUGCAUAAUUCAGGGGUUCCCCCAGAUCAGAUAGAGAUAACUGAUGAGGCCAUGAACACGCUGAUCAAACAGUACUGUCGUGAGAGCGGAGUUCGUAACCUUCAGAAACAUGUGGAGAAGAUUUUCAGAAAGUCUGCCCUAAAAAUGGUGGAUGAGAAAGUGGACUAUAUCAAAGUGGGCCUGGAUAACCUGCAAGAGUUUGUGGGCAAACCUGUAUUUACUAAUGACCGAAUGUAUGAUGAGACCCCACCGGGUGUCGUCAUGGGGCUGGCGUGGACAUCCAUGGGGGGAUCUAACCUAUACAUAGAGACAGUACUGAAGAAAACCUAUGACCCUAAAUCGUCUGAGAGUGGCACAAUAGAGAUCACAGGGAAUCUCGGUGCUGUGAUGAAGGAGAGUGUCCACCUGGCAUACACGUUUGCCAAAUCUUACCUGAUUGAGCGUGACCCCAGUAACAGCUUCCUGCAGAAGGCUCAGCUACACCUGCACGUACCUGAGGGAGCCACACCUAAGGAUGGCCCCAGUGCUGGCUGCACCAUUGUCACCUCCCUGCUGUCGUUAGCCAUCAAUCAGCCUGUAAGGCAGAACAUCGCUAUGACAGGGGAAGUCUCUCUGACUGGUAAAGUUCUCCCGGUGGGGGGCAUCAAGGAAAAGGUCAUAGCUGCAAAGAGAGCAGGAGUUGACUGUAUCAUCCUGCCUGCUGAGAACCGAAAGGAUUACGCAGACCUGGCUGACUUUAUCACUGAGGGGCUAGAGGCUCACUUUGUCAGUCAUUACAAAGAGAUUUUCUCCAUAGUCUUCCCUAUUUAUAACUCGGCAGAGAGAUAACAACAACUUGGACAGAUUUCUGCUGUAAUAGUUCACUCUGGGUUCAGCUGACUUUCUUGAACACUAGAACAGUUUUUGUGUUAAGAUCUAUGAAGAAACUGUCCGGAAGGCAAUAUGCCUCGAUGUUUUCACGAUUUACAAUUCUGAAGUCAGGUAGUGUAGUUGAGUUUUCAAUGUGGAAAGUUUUUCAAGACUUGCAUUGAUUGCAGUUUGGUGAGGGGAGUGGGGUAUGGGGGCAAAUGAGAGUUGUCAGUCCUGUUAAAAUUUUGAUGGAUGAAUGCAUGUAAGUUGCAUUACAUUUUUCUUUGGAGAUUUAUAUGGAAAUAGGGGAAACUUAUUGUAAGAACAUUAUUAGAAAAAUUUGUACGCAAAAUUAAUUUUUUCUGCGAGUUAUAUUGGGUAACUGCAGAUUGCCUCCUCAGAGGCAGAUCAAAAUUAAGCAAAAUGAAAUGAUAUUAGGCAACUUAACUCUUAUACAGAAUGUGUCAGAAUAGGUGUGGGGAAGUUCAUUUGUGAUUUGCCAGAGGCUAGUGGUUCUCUGAGGGUGCUGCAGUUUCCUUCUCCAGUGAACUGACAGAUUUUUGACUACUGUGUUCAUUAAUCAGUCAAUCAAUCUAUUUUCUUGUGAUUCAGGCUGAAAAAGAAGUGAAUGGAAUUUCACUUUGUUUUGUUAAAUUAUGGUGAUACUGGAAAGUGUUUGGUAAACUUGCAUGUUGUAAUCAUGAUGUAUCAUAAUUUUUAUUUGACCGAAACCUUCAUCCAUCACUAAAUUACUCAUUUUGCUUGAUUCUGAGAGUUCUAGGUGCUCUGAGGUUUGUUUGGAACGAAGUUUCAACACCAAAAGUAUUAUUUUAUUAUUUUUAUUUGCCUGAAAAAAAUGCAUUUUUUGGGGUGGGAAUGUCAAGGGUAAAUGCAGUAGGUCACAGUGACAUUGAUAGGAAAGGACACUUAAUUGUUCCAAGCUGAAGAGCUUGCUUGUUUUCUCUCAAGAUACUUGGAAACUUGCAAAUAGUAUUAAGUAUAAUUAGAAGAGAAUCAAUGAAAGUUUACCAGUGAACUAAUGGAAACCGGUGUGGAUUAAACCGGCACCAAGUGUCCAUCAAAACCCCAAUUGACCAAUCGUGUACAGUUGCGAAUACGUCAUAUCAGAUGUUGGAUACACAAUAAUCACAUUCUCUGUGACGUCACUGUGUCAGAAUGGCGUUUAACGAGAAUACCAUGGUAUAGCGAGUAUGUACGCAGUAGCACGUAGGUCAUCUGGAAAGUGUGCAAAGGUAUAAAGGUGUUCCUUGGUAAUGGGCGAACCGUUGAGUGUUUACCUCCAUCUAAUCAAACAACAUUCUAUAAACGUGUGGGAAUCAUUUGUGAGAAGCCGUCGGUGUGCACUUCUGGCAAUCUCCUGAGCUCCUUAGACCAUCUUCCCUAAUGAGUACUUCGUCAUCCACGCCACUGUUUGCUGACAGGGGUUUAUGUCCAUCUACGCUUUACUUCCGGUCUUAAGGCAAGUGAGGAUCGAUUCUAUGUCUAGGUUGGUGACUUCGUCGUUAUAAAUACGGCUUCCAGGCUGUGACAGGAGACACUUGUGAUUCGCUGACGGGUAACGAAGCUUCGUGUCAGCCAGUUCUUCACAGUUACGGUGUCAUUGGGACAAGACUAUAGUACCACUCUCGACUGAGUGAUCUCAGCACGCACCAAGUCUCUGAAUAGAAUCUCGCGACCGUAUGGCUGUGGGCUCCUGAAACUCCAAUCGUUUCAUUCGUACUCAGUAAGAGCCAUCAUAACGCCAUGGCGUACUGUCAGACAGUUGAAGAACCAUUAUGUCAACCACACCCAGUGUUCUGUAAACCUAAGGUCACCUAUUUGUUCCAGAGCAUGUCAGUGCAGGUCCCUUAACAAGCUAAAAGCCCAAUGAUUGCGGCAAAGAACGCUAUCAGUCUGUUGUGUUGUCAGAUCAGCUAGCCUGCAGUUUGACCUCAGGGUAAAGAGGAUGACUAACAGUUUAACGAAUGAAGAAUCGUGUUUACAAGAAUAUCGAACUGCACUUUGAUCGUGUAAUGUCUCUACACACUUUAAAACUUAACUCUUAAUUCAAUAUAACCUUGUUUUCUGUGCGAUGCUGGAAAACACAAUAUUACCGCUGUUUAAUAUUAUUUUGGACCAGGUAAUACCCUAUUUCAACAAUGGACGCGGUUCUGUUGGAAUAACUGAGUAUGAACGUGUAUGUCAUAUCUAACAGAAUAGUUUGUAGCAAUGACAAUCUAUUCUGUCAUCACCCAGAAAACUCUAUAGUCAAUUUAAAAGAUUAGUUUUUUUAGUGUAAUGUGUUGAAGUCAUCACAGGGAAUAUAUUUAUUCUUUGAGAAGGAGUUACUGUUAUAUGGUAAAUGCUCUUGACAGAAAUGUUAUACCUUAUUAAUUGCAUUAUGUGAAAUCAUGAGGACAGGUUUUAUUUCAAAGUGACCGGACUGUUGGUGUACAAAAGAUUGCUGCGUUACAGGUGCAUUUUAUUUUGCUGUUUACGGUCGAAAGUUUACUGACUGAUCCGCUACUGUCAAUAGAAAGGUAUAUAUACAAGUCCAAUAUUGUAUGGUUAUCCCUUAUUUAGUCGAUUGUAAUAUAAAUUUGUACAUAAUGAAGAUGUCUUUAUGUACCGGUAUAAAAUAUAAUCCAGUAUAAAAAGCA